AAUUCUUUCUCUCACGGCUGCACCAGCCAGUGCCCGGGCCUGAAAACUUCCUGCUUUUCAUUAAAUAGGGUUGCCAAGGAAGGAGGGAGGAAGAUCGGCGUGAGGGUUGGCCCCUGCGCGGUAACACCUUUCCGCAGCUAUAAAUGCGGCACCUGGCAUGGGGAGGGGGUCAAUGCCAGUAUCACCAUCAGAUGCUCUCCGGCCACCGAACGCAAGACCCACAGUAAUCAUCAGACGAGAGCAGGGGCAUUGAAUCGGCCCGAAAUCUGCGGACCGAAGAGAAAACUACCGCCGGUACCGCCACCCGACUACCUGCUGCUGGCUUUCCACCUCCCGCCUCCGCAGCUGCAGCGAGCUCCCCGGCUCCUUGUGGCCCAAGAGGAACCACCCAUCCUGUGGAGGCUCCAGCCUACUAGGGAAGGAAGAGUUGGAGGACUAGGCGGGGAGGACAGGCCUCUUACGAAGCUGCUGCCGAAGAUUUUCUGAUUGUCUUCUCCGAGCCAGCCGGGUUAGCCCUGGUGUGUGUGCUUGGGUCCGUGUGUGCACGCAUACGGGCUUUCUGGAGCAUCCUCGCACCUCGGAGGCCAGGCCAGGCCAGGCACCCAAACCGACCCAAGCCAACCCUAGCUUUGCGCUCCCAGACCCCCCCACCACCCACCUUCUCUCCCUGGCCUGCCCUUCCUCCCUUCUUUCUUCGCCUUUCCCGCUUGACCACCAUGAUGCAGAUCUGCGACACCUACAACCAGAAGCACUCCCUCUUUAACGCCAUGAACCGCUUCAUCGGGGCGGUGAAUAACAUGGACCAGACAGUCAUGGUGCCCAGCCUCCUGCGGGAUGUGCCCUUGCUGGAGCAAGAACUGGACACAGGGGUUGAGGUGGUGGUCAGAGGCAGAGGUGGCUGCUUGGAGGAGAGGGAUACUCCGUUGGGAGACGGGGGUCCCCCCAGCCCCGGGAGUGCUGCCGGGAGCUUCUUCUCGCCCAGCCGGGACAUGUACAGUCACUACAUGCUGCUCAAGUCCAUCCGGAACGACAUCGAGUGGGGCGUUCUGCAGCAGACCCCCCAGCAGGGCGACGAGACCCCCACUGGCCCUUGGAAGCCCAAGGACAUUCUCAUGGACCUGAGCCGCCUGGAGGAUGGAGAAGGUGGGGAGGAGGACCUGGAGAAGCAGUUUCACUACCACCUCCGGGGACUGCACAUGGUGCUUUCCAAACUCACCCGGAAAGCCAACAUUCUCACUAACAGAUACAAGCAGGAGAUCGGCUUCGGCAACUGGGGCCACUGAGGCCGAGGAAGCGACAGGGCGGGCGGCCCCUCUACGCGCGCUUCUCUAACCUCCUCUUCCUCUAUUCCCUCUUUUCUCUCCUAAAUAUGAUUUCUUCCUGCGCGGCGGGGCGUGUGUAAAUGAAGGGCAAGGCUCCAAUGGAAGGGGGGAGCGAGCAAGCGACGUGGGCUGGGGAGGGAUGGAAGAGGGAGCGGGUAGUGCUGUGUUUUGUGGUUCGCAGGCGGCGUUAGAAGGUUGGGGUGACCUGAAGAAGUUUUUUUGUGUGUGUGUUUUUGGUGGGGGAGGUGCCUAAUAAGCCGAGGAGAACACUACUGUGGUGGAAGGCAAGACUGGAAAUGUGCAUAGAUCGGAACGGUCCUAGGACCCUUUGGAUGUGGCUGCCUUUAUCCUGCACCUUCCAAGCCAUUUAUUUCACCGCCUCCACCACCCUUCCCCUUUCUGGGGAGUGAAAAAGGUGGCAGGGGGAAGCCGGGGGACCUGCCUGCAGCAGCAGAGUUAUUUUACAUUGUAGCUGGGUGCCCGAAAAGAAGCUCAAGCACUCCAAGGCGUGGCGGCGCUGGCGGCCGCUGCUGGUGGUUGAGGCGGCAGCAGGGCUGCUGGAAGAUUGCAUCAGUUUUUCCUGUUUUGCACUACUUUUUUUUUUCUUUUUUGUAACAAUAGCCCUGUCUAAGUAUUCUGAUUCCCCCUUUCUGGUGCUCUGAAACUGCAGCUAAUUCCCUUGUGACAAAACGCACAAAACAGAGCACAGGUCUGUCAUUAACCGGUACUACUUUUUAAAUUAAUUUUCAUACGUUAGGGUGUGCAAUUGCCGCCUUCAUCCUUUCGCCACAUUUGUCCCUUGCGCCGUCAUGGAGAACUGUUGUCCGUUUCUAAAGCUAGUAACUUUCUUGGCUAGCUUCUAUGAGUUGAGGCUGCAACAAAGCCAAUGAAAAUAAUAAAAAUUGUUGUGAUAAAAUGGACUUGUUUUCCAAAAUGGAACCGAAUGACAAUUCUGGCUUAUUUUAAGUAGAACAGAUGAAGGGUUCCAGUGUUAUAUAUGUACACAUUUAUUUAAAAACUUUUUUUUUAUCCAGAUGUAGAAUAUAUUCUAAAAAAAGUAAGGAAAUGUAUUAAUCUUGACAAAACUUUUUGUUGGCAUACAAUCCUUGAAAUCCCACGAAUUACUAGUUUUCAAUAAAUAAUUUUAAUUGAUAUUUUUAAAGCAACAAUAAAUUUUAUUUUUUCUCUGGUAUCAAAAA